CCGCGUCGUCUGCGCCGGUUAGCGCUGCGUCGACUCCUCGAUUCCUCGACGAAGCUCCCCCGCCGCCUCUCGCAGGGCGAUGAGGGCCUGCGUUCGCAUCCCGCACGUACGGACACCUCGAUGUCAUGUAGCGGGUUUAGGUUAGCUUUCUGCACAAGAGCUUUCACGGUUCAAACAAAUGUCGAAUUACUGCCCCGCGAUCAUCGCCCGAAUCUCACGGAGAUUUGAGAGUUUUUCAAGAUACGGCGGAAGCUCCGAAAGGCUGAGGUACUCUCGAAAGUGAUCCGUUACGCGACGAUUGAUGCCAGUCGUCCAAGAUGCUGGGUCAUUCGAUGCUGUUAUUCCUGACGGUUGGCGCGUGCUGGUGUAACCCGGACGCUAAGCGCCUCUACGACGAUCUUCUGUCAAAUUACAACCGUCUGAUUCGUCCUGUAACGAACAAUACUGACACGGUAGUCGUGAAGCUUGGCUUGAGGUUGUCGCAGCUCAUAGACUUGAAUCUCAAGGACCAGAUUCUGACGACCAAUGUCUGGCUGGAACACGAAUGGCAGGACCACAAGUUCCAGUGGGAUCCAUCGGAAUAUGGCGGUGUGACGGAGUUGUAUGUUCCAAGUGAACACAUUUGGCUCCCAGACAUCGUUUUGUAUAACAACGCCGACGGAGAGUACGGAGUGACGACGAUGACCAAAGCGGUGCUUCAUCACACCGGCAAAGUGCUAUGGACCCCACCGGCGAUAUUCAAAUCCUCGUGCGAAAUCGACGUCAGAUAUUUCCCGUUCGAUCAACAAACUUGCUUCAUGAAGUUCGGUUCCUGGACGUACGACGGAUUCCAGAUCGAUCUGAAACACAUUAAUCAAAAUAUGAGCAACAACGUCCAGGUGGGUAUCGACUUACGAGAGUACUAUCCGAGCGUCGAGUGGGACAUCCUGGGGGUGCCGGCGGAGCGUCACGAGAAAUAUUAUCCCUGCUGCGACGAGCCGUAUCCAGACAUCUUUUUCAACAUCACCCUCAGACGCAAGACGCUGUUUUACACGGUGAACCUGAUUGUACCCUGCGUCAGCAUCUCCUACCUCUCGGUCCUCGUCUUCUACCUGCCCGCCGACUCCGGGGAAAAAAUAGCUCUAUGUAUCAGUAUCCUUCUGUCCCAGACGAUGUUCUUUCUCCUGAUAUCCGAGAUCAUACCUUCGACAUCCCUCGCCUUACCGCUCCUCGGGAAGUACCUUUUGUUCACCAUGCUACUCGUCGGACUAUCCGUUGUCAUAACGAUUAUAAUACUAAACGUUCACUACCGUAAACCGAGUACUCACAAAAUGGCGCCUUGGGUGAGAAAGGUUUUCAUACGGAGACUACCUAAGUUGCUACUCAUGAGAGUGCCUGAUGAUCUUUUGAAUGAUCUUGCCGCCCACAAGAUACAAGGCCGUGGUCGGAGUAGCAAGAAGAACAAAUUCAACGCUGCUGUUGCUGCCGCUGCCCAAGCAUCCUCUAGAGUGUCUUCUCCGGACUCGAUGCGUCAUCAGAGACCAGGUGGGUGCAACGGGCUCCACACCACGACGGCGCACAACAGAUUCUCCGGGCUAGUCGGUGCUUUCGGAGGUGCCAUCGGCGGCUACAACGGGCUGCCCUCGGUCAUGUCCGGUCUGGACGAGAGCAUGAGCGAUGUCACUCCGCGGAAAAAGUAUCCCUUCGAACUCGAGAAGGCUCUGCACAACGUCAUGUUCAUACAGCAUCACAUUCAACGACAGGACGAGUUCAACGCUGAAGACCAGGAUUGGGGCUUCGUCGCUAUGGUGCUUGACCGGCUCUUUCUUUGGAUUUUCAUCAUCGCCUCGAUUGUUGGUACCUUUGCUAUAUUGUGCGAGGCACCAGCUUUGUACGACGACACUAAACCGAUAGAUAUGGUUUUAUCGUCCGUUGCUCAGCAGCAAUUCCUACCACCGGACCAGGAACUCGUUCCAGUCUAGCCGGAAGAACUGUACUUUCGCGAUUUUAAAACGCGCCUCAAUCACGGCGAAAUUAUCAUUCCUGACCUCGUUAUGUCACCCAUGUUACUAUUCACCAUU